AUGGAAGAGAGUCUGCUUUACGAUAAGGAGAGGACGAGUAGUCCCUCAGAAAAAACACUGCUAGAUGCAACUAAGAUGGAAAUUACUACACCUCCAAAGGUUCGUUUCCCUAAAAUAACUACAACAUCAAGUCCCGAAGAUAAUAUCAAAGAUAACACAGGAAAUUCGCCGAAGCUCCAAGUUGACAGUAGACGGGCUGGACUUGAUAAUAAUACACUGAGUAGUUUAGGUAUAAGUGUGAGACGUUCUUCGAGAAGUUCUAACUUCGAUAGUUCACCAAUAGGAACUCAGAAUCGUGAAGUCAGCGAUGAAUUUGAAAUGAAUUCGGGACAUUUGGAUGUAGGCUCGAAUAACACUGAUUCAUCUAAAACUAAUGCAUUUUCAAUCCCACAAUCCCCAAGUUCAAAGACCAAGCUAUUGCCGCCUACUACUCCAAAAUCUAGACACAAUGAAAUGUUUUUAUCUCCUUCGUCACCGAAAUUGAAAUCUCCCGGUGUAUACAAAGAACAUGAUAAACCUAUACGCGAAAUAUCUAACACUUUAAAGACUAGAUUAAAUUAUGCCCUUGUAAAAUUACAGAAUGGCUGGACAGAGAAAACGUUCUCACAGCUAGAAAAAGAAGUGGAUAGAGAGAAGAACCCUUUGCAUUCUGAUGAUACCAUAAAAUUAGAAGCUCAAAGGCGGUUGAGUGUAUACAACAAUAUUUAUGCAAACGAUAACAGUGACAGCGACGGAAACUCAGAAGAAGAUAGUAACAUUGCUAGAUUUUCCAUAGAAAACCAUAAGAAUGCAAAACUGGAAAACAAAGAUUAUAUAAAAGGACUUUCAUCAAAUUCAGCACACACUGCUUUUUUAAAAGCUAUCUCAAGCCCUAAGAAAUCCAACCAUGCUAAUGAUAAAUAUCCGGUUUCACCAUUGAAAUGGAACCAAAGAGAAGGUUCACCAACCAAAGAGACAUCUCCAGUUCCUGAAGAUGAAGCUAUCGAAACGUUAAUGUCUCUUUCUUCUCCAAAAAAGAGCCAUUCAAAAGCCUUUGAGAUGAUUAAUAAUAACAAAAAGCCGGUUCUUUCAAAUCGAGAAUCCUCUGACAAGAAAGACCAUUCCGCAUUCAAACCUUUGAACGUCAUUAAUAACUCCAAUAAUAUAUCAAGAGACUCAAAAUCCCAAACUGAGGUAGGUAAUGAUUCUACUGACAUUGAAAUGGAAUUUGAUGAUGUUCAAACAGAUAUCGAAGAUCCAGAAACUUCCGUUGACACUUGA